ACGGAAGGAGAUAGAAGUUUAUUGAAUACACCACAAGGAUUGGCAGGCAGGACAGCAGAGGAGAGUCUGUCUGCCACGAGGUGGUGAUGAGGGGCUAUAGUAAUGGGGGAUUGUGAAGGGAUAUGCAAUCCUAUGGAAUUUUCCCUGUUUUGGUAACUGUGCAUUACUUUGGUAAGAAGUCCAUUGGUUACUUAGGGCCUCUGGCCAUUUCCAGGUAGGUCACUUAAUGAGCCUGUUAGCAUUCAGCUGUGUAGUCACUGUGGGCCCUUUGCCUUGUUGCUUAUCUUUCCAAUCCUCAGGCCUGUUGCCUGAAAGCAGCCCCUACGUUAUGUCGUUCCCCACCCCCCACCCCCCGUUUGCUAAAGUAACCCUGGGCUCUGUUACCAUCAAUCCCUCAGGGGCUCUUCUUCCUGUUGCCCUUCUCCUUGAAUUCUGGGCACUGGGGUAUAUAUUUGAGGCCCUGAUGACUUCCAUGAUUCUUCCAGAACUGGAACUUCUCUUAUGCACCAGGUGUGCCAGGUCCCUGGUCCCUGUGUCCAUGCUCACAGUCCACCUGAUCCAGGGAAGGGGUUGUGUCUGCUUCUGCCAGGAUAGAGGGGACUGCACCAGGCUCCUUGACCUUGUUGCCUUCCAAGGAGGGAUCUGCUCAAGUCAAGUGUCCACAACAUUCCGAAAUUCUGGUUCAAGUUCUUGGAGCUGACAAGGCUAUAAAUCUUUGAUCAAGUCAAAGAUGUGUUGUCUGGUUUUUGUGUUGCCUGAAAAAGUAUUUCAUUUUCCAUUCUUUACCGUGCUGGUCUGCAUAGAUCUGCUCUGUGUCAGCAAAAAUAGCCUAUAUUUGGGUGUAUGUAAGUCUGUAUCAGCCGUUGUCGUCUCCCUCUGCUUCGGGUUCCCAGCCCCUCCCAUCACUGAAUGCGCGGCAGCGGAUGUGCUCGCGUGUUGUCACUUCCCACACGGGUGUGACUCAGGUCCUAGGAAUGGAGUGUGGUUCCCUGCGUGUCACCCCCCCCCAAUCCUCCCACGCACAUGGGUGAGGAGGGAGCGUUGCUGCAAUAGGAUACGUGGGAUGUUUCAGGACGCGGUGGUCUUCACGGAUGUGGCUGUGUACUUCACCCCGGAAGAGUGGGCUUUGCUGGAUCGUGGUCAGAGGAGGCUCUACAGAGAUGUGAUGCUGGAGACCUGCAGGAACCUGGCCUCGCUGGUUUGUCCCAGUCAGGAUAAAAGGAGUGCAUCGAGGACUCAGCAGAAUAUUUUGCAGAAUGAGUUACCCAGUGAAGAGAAAAUAGUCGUAUUUACAAGAAAUGAUUCGUGUUCUGUUUUUGGAGAAAACCGGAAAUUUCAUAGCAGUGGAGAUCAGACCCAAACCCAGGAGGGGCAUUUGAGACAUCAUUUGGUGGAGCGUGUCUAUGAAAGCAAUGAAGGUAAUCAAUGUGGAGAAACCGUGAGGCAGAUUACAAGUUUUGCUGUGCAUGAGGAUUGCCCUCCUGGAGAAAAAUCCCAUGAAUGCACUAAGUGUAGAGAAGCCUUCACAGAUGGUUCUUUCCCUGAGAACCCAGGAAGAUCUCAUCCUGGACACAAACCUAGUCCCUGUGAGGAAUGUGGGCCAGCCUGUAGCUGUGUCUUGAGCUUUAGCCCUCAUGUUGGCGCAGACCUUGUAGGGAAACCCUAUGAAUGUCAGGACACUGGGAGAGGAUUGAAGAGAGAAUUGAAGAGUCUCAGUAGUAAAAAGUCUUUAGAGUGCAAGAAGUGUGGAAAAGCUUUCACUCACACCUCAUCCUUUCAGGGUCAUGUGCGAGGUCACUGUGGACAGAGAGUCCAUGCGUGUGAUGUGUGUGGGAAAGCUUUUAUGUAUCACUCCUGUCUUACACGUCAUGUGAGAACUCACACUGGAAUGAAACCCAGUGAUUGUACAGACUAUGGGAAAGCCUACAUUUGCCUCUCAUACUCUCAAGAUUACUCAAGUAAUCAAACUGGGAAACGAAUUUUUAGAUGUGGGCAGUGUGGGAAAGCCUUCACUCGUCAGGCCUACCUUCUAGUGCAUGUGAGGACACACACUGGGGAGAGACCCUAUGAAUGCCAGCAAUGUGAGAAGACCUUCACAGAUCGUGGAAAUCUGCGAGAACAUGUGAGAACACACACUGGGGAGAGACCCUAUGAAUGUCAGGAGUGUGGGAAGACCUUCAAGUAUAACUCAGGCCUGCGAGCACACAUGAGGGCACACACUGGGGAGAGACCCUAUAAAUGUCAGCACUGUGGGAAAGCCUUCACUGGUCACUAUUCCCUUCUAGUACAUGUGAGAACACACACAGGGGACAGGCCCUAUGAAUGUGUGGAGUGUGGGAAAACUUUCCAGAAGUGUGAACAUUUUAAACGUCACAUGACCACGCACAGCACAGUGAAACCCUAUGAAUGUAAGGAGUGUGGCAGAGCCUUCCGGGAUCGCACAGACCUGCGAAUACAUAUGAGGACACACACUGGGGAAAGACCCUAUGAGUGUCAGCAAUGUGGGAAGACCUUCAGACAUCUUGGAAAUCUACGAGGACAUGUGAGAACGCACACUGGGGAGAGACCAUAUGAAUGUCAGCAAUGUGGGAAGACCUUCAGGUAUAACUCAGACCUGCGAGAACACGUGAGGACACACACUGGGGAGAGACCCUAUAAAUGUCAGCAGUGUGGGAAAGCCUUCAUUCGUCGCUACACCCUUCUAGUACAUGUGAGAACACACACAGAGGGUGGACGCGUGGAAUGUAAAGAGUGUGGGAAAGCAUACAAGUUUCCCUCAUCCCUUCGAGUGCAUAUGAAGAAACACACUGGGGAGAGACAUUCACUAGUCACCGCUCCCUUCAAGAACACGUGAGGAUGCGCAGUGGACAGUAUCCCUUUGACUCUAAGGACUCUGGUAAGAUCUUCCAGUGUCCCGUAGACCUGCAAGUACGUGUGAUGACACUCACUAGAGCAGAACCCUAAGAAUAUCUGCACUGUGAGAAAGCCUUCCAUUGCCCCUCUUCUCUUCGAGGACACAUGUGAAAAGCACAGUGAUGUGAAACCCUAUGAACUUAAGAACCAUGGAAAAGCCUUCAGGUACCUCAUCAAUCUGGGAGCACAGACACGAUGCGGGAAAGCAUUUAUUCUCCCUUAAAAUCGUUUUUAAAAUGCCACCCAGUACACUGGAGAUGAACCUGAAUGGACAUAAUUUUGGGAAGACUUCCAGUAUAGAACUUCAUAUAUUGUUCAUGAAAAUUCUGACGGGACAGAAACCGUUUCAUUGUUAUAAACAUGGUUUUGUUUUUGCAAGUGCCUCUUCCUUGAUAGAGAUGCGAAGUGUCUUAAUUCCUAGUUCAUGUCGCUGAUGUGAACGCUAAUGAUGGUCAGUGUCCUUUGUCCUCUGCAUCUUUACAACAUAUACUUUGUUAUCUCAGACUUGGAGUAAUCACAUGGUUAUGUGAAACAUGUCUCUUUUCCAUUACAAUGUCUCUUAGAACCAGGGGUGAUAAGAAUGUGUCUGUUUGGGGUGGUGAGGAUAAUAUAACUUUAUAUAAUUUUAGAAAAAGAUUUCUUGAAUUAUACAUUCCAAAUGUUCCCAGUGUAUGAUCAUGACACAAGACUUGUACUGUUGAAAGUUCUUUUAUGUUGUCUGUUGCAGAUACUGGAGUUUCCUGAUUCUAUAUCACCUCUUUUCAGUCUUUAUUAUUGAAAGAUAUAUUUUCAGGGCACCUGGGUGGUGCAGUUGGUUAAGCAUCCAACUCUUUGGUUUCAGCUCAGGUUGUGAUCUCAGGGUUCUGAGAUCAAGCCCUGCAUCAGCUCUGUGCUCAGCUCGGAGUCUGCUUGAGAUUCUCUCUUCCUCCCCUUCUGCCUCUCCCCCCUCUAAAACAAAUAAAUCUUAAAUAAAAAAAGAAAGAUAUAUUUUCACUUCAGUUCUCUCUUUUUAUUGAACAGUUGUUAAAAUUCUCUUACUGGUUUAUCUUGUCUUAUCUGGGACUAACUUUUGAUGUCUGUGGUCUUUCUUCCAAAUUGUGGCUUGGAAGAACAUCCCUUUGCACUAUAUGUUUCAGGUUUGCCUGUUUAUUUCCAUGAUCAGUGAUUGUGCUAGAAAUACCAGGGAGGUGCUUUCCUCUAGCCCCCAGGAGAUCAUGUCUGGAGUGCCCAAUACCCUUAACAUUAGCCAGAACACCUGGCUAAAAGUUGGCAUCUGGUUAAUUUUGGACGUAGGAGCCUCUUCAGUUUUAUCCACAUUGGAGGUAAAAACCCAUCAUCAUUUCCACAAUAUAACAGUCCUGAGGUACCCGAAAGGCAUACCAACUAUUGGACUAAAUGUUUGUAGUUUUACCCUUGGAUAAGGUAUAUGGCCAAGUAAGAGUGUGUAACUCAUCCUAUUGGGUUGGCUGUCAAGGGGAAAUGUACUGCUGCCUUAGGACCUUCAAAAGAAUUUGCAGGGCGAUUGGAUGACUCAGUCGGUAGAGCGUGCAACUCUUGGUCUUGAGCCCCACACUGGGUAUAGAGAUAACUUAAAAAAAUAUAUUAUAAAAUAAAAUCAUAAAGAAUUUGGAAUAGCAUGCCCAAGUUGUUAUUUACUAUUUUCAUCCUUUUUAAAAGACACAUCAGUA